UCAAAAUAAACCGUUUCCAGGAGUGAGUUAUCUUUUACAUUAACAGGCACCAUGACAGUUUUUUCUGAAUUUCAGUAACACAUAAAUCCACAUAUAACUUUUUUUUGCUGCGAACUCCCAUCACAUGGCUUCCUUUAAGCUAAGGCCGCACCGAACACAGCAGGAGGGUAGAUAGGAGGGUAGAGGGUGGAGGUUGGCGGGUAGUGGCUGGAUGCAGCCUGACCGCACCGACAGGCUGUUUACAGCUUGCAUCCUCCUUCAGUCUGACGCGAAAGCUGAAAACGUGCACAUCUAAAUGUCACUUUCAAAAGCAUCUCGCAGAAUUUUGCUGUCCGAAAAUUCUGUUUUGAAAGCGAAACUACUAAAUAGGAACCAUAGGGCGUGGAUUCAUGAUUAUAAUGUACAAAGAACAACGGACGGUGAAUUUGUUAGGGUUUAUAAGGAGCUUAGGAACCACAGUGACAAGUUUUAUAAUUACUUGCGGAUGAGCAAAGAAUUGUUUGAUUUACUUUUUUUCAAAGUGCAAAAGUUUCUGCAUCAUGUGACAACAAACUUCAGAGAAACAAUCUCUGCUGAACAACGACUAGUAAUUACAUGCAGAUAUCUGGCUUCCGGGGAGUCCUUCAGUUCGUUGGCAUUGAGAUUUAAGAUGGGCAAGACAACUAUUGCUGAGAUCGUCCAUGACACCUGCCGAGUUAUAUGGGAUAUUUUAAAAGAUGAUUAUCUACCCGCCCCAAAAAAAGAAAUGUGGCUUUCUGUGGCUGAAAAUUUUGAAAAGAAAUGGAAUUUCCCCAACUGUUUCGGGUGCAUAGACGGCAAACACGUAAGAAUAAAGUGUCCUGCCAACAGUGGAUCGCAGUACCACUGUUAUAAACAGUUCUUUUCAAUUUUACUGCAGGCUGUAGUCGAUGCAGAUGGAAGGCUUAUUGCUGUCGACAUUGGCACUCCGGGGAGACAAAGUGAUGGAGGAAAUUUUAGAUCGUCGAAUUUGUUCCGUUUACUUGAAGCUGGAGAACUGAACGUGCCAGAAUGCAGACCUCUUCCAUCUACAAAUACGACAGUUCCAUUUGUCUUGUUAGGAGAUGAAGGCUACCCCUUAUUGUCAUACCUGAUGCGACCUUACCCGCAAAGAGAUUUAGAUGAUCGGAAGAGAGUGUUUAACUACAGGUUAAGUCGUGCGCGAAAUAGUGUUGAAUGUACAUUUGGCAUCAUGGCUGCAAAGUGGAGACUGUUAAAUAAGGCAAUUGAAUCGAAUGUUUCUAAUGCUGUACAAAUAGUUAAAGCUAUUUGCAUCCUACAUAACUUCGUUCUGACACACGAAAGAGAUGUGUACGAGAAAAUGUAUGCCGCGGUGUCCCUAACUUUCAGCCUGUGCAUCACCGAUUCACCACAACAGCAUUAAGAACCAGAGAUCACUUAACGGAUUACUUCAAUGGCGUGGGUUCAGUCCCAUGGCAGGAAGAUUAUGCUCUCCCACAGAACAUUGUGCGCCGCCACAACAGAAACCAAAAUCUUAACAACUUUUCAGUUACAUAAUUUGUUGUGUUUUUAAGAUUCAAUUAGGGCUAAAGUUAUUUUAUGUAGUAUUUGUCUUGAAAUUUAAUGGCUGAAGUGAUAACAAUGGUCUGGGUAAGUUAAAAACAAAGUCAACAGGCAUUACAAUUUAAUAAACAUUGCAGAACAGACAUAUGGAGCAACGUAUGUUCAAAGAAAAUUGUACUUGACACUGUAAAUUAAAAUACGAAUAAAGAUGAUACUGUAUUAUCAUUAAAUGGUAGUUAUACAAACGUUAACGUUCCGCUCCAAUAUAUCUUUUACUACUGACGUUUUGUAAAAUAUACUGUAAAAAUUAUCUUAAUGAAAUAGGAAAGUAAAGAGUAAAGUAAUCAUAACUUAAUAUUAUUUCAUUAGGUACUUGUGUGUCAAUAUAAUUACAUUUUAAUAGCUUUCUGCAACAGAACACAAAUUACAUGAAACAAAUAGAACUAUGGACUUUCCAGACUCAUACAUCCCGAAUACUGUAGAUUAAUAACUUACCAUCUAUUCCAACUUCUUGAGCUACUUCAGCCCACAAUGCAUUCAAAAUCUUUGAAUUCUUCCUGAGACCGUCGGUAGGAUCCCAAAUAGCUUUACGCUUGUACACAGCUGCUAUAAUAAGUUCCUCCAUGCUGUAGCGCAGUCGUAGUGCAGCGGUAAAAUGCCUGGAUGGCUGGCUGGAAGAACAAACAGGAUUGUUCGGGUGGAUACCCGCCAGGCGACCCGCCAGGCGGUUGAGACUGGAGGGUCGAGGGUGGAUGUUUCCGGUGCGGCCACUUUCACCCGUCAACAAAGGUAAUAUCUCUGCCUCGCUGGUCGCCAGGCGUCUCGCUACC